UUCUCUAAAAGUUGUUUUCUUUUUGUUGUUGUAUUUUUGUUAUUCGCAUUAGAAUGUGUUGUUCACGGAUUUAAUAUUGUGAAUCCAAUGAAGCAGCCGCAACAACAAAAACAACAAACACUUGUUGGAGCUGAUCAAAUUCCGUAUUUUGAAACAUCGUGUGGAACACAUUAUCAAAUCGGGUACGAAAUUGGAAAUCACUUUAAGGAUCGAAUUCAAAGAAUGCUUUAUAAUCAAUCUUUGCCUUUCCAACAAGUAAUUCUUCCAUUUUCAAAGAAGGCUCCGGAAAUUGUGGAAAAUCUUCGUAAAUUAAAUUCACUAUACUUCCCAGAGUAUUUUGAGGAAAUUAGAGGAAUUGCUGAUGGAGCUAAUCUUCCAACAGAGUGGAUCUUUUUAUUAAAUGUUGGAGUGGAAUUGGAAAAUUAUGCAACUGGACCAAGUGGAAAGGGUGAUAAGCAAUGUUCUGAUGUGUUUGUUUCAUUGAAGAAUUUUAGAACUAGAACUGCAAUUUUGGGACACAAUGAAGAUGCAGAUCCUUACACACAAGAUUAUGAUUACCUUGUUAAGAGUUGUAUUAAGACUAAUGAUCAAGCUGAACCAUUUGUUUUUGUUGCCUAUCACUAUGCUGGACAAUUGCCUGGAAAUGCAUUUGCUUGGACUAAAUAUUUGGCCCUCUCCACCAAUGCUCAAUUCCCACUCGUUUUACCAAAGGCAGGUUAUGGACUUGGUAGAAACUUUGUCAAUAGAAAAGUUUACGAAUCAAAGACUAUUGCACAAGUUACUGAAACAUUGAGCAAGUUUUCAGGAAUGUUAGCCAGUGGAUUUGCCUCCAAUGUCGCUCCACUCUAUGACACUCAAUCCUCAGCCCUCUAUGAAAUGAGAUCUUUCGAGAAUGCACCAAGAGUCAAUAAUAGUAUUGCCAUGUCCAUGCACUCCAUUCUUCCUUUCAAUGUUCUCUCCUCAAGUGGACAAAGUUUUUAUUUCCAUGUGAACAUGUAUAGAAAUUUGAGUGUUCCUGAAUUUUUGGAUCCAAGUAGUGUUCACAGAACAGCCAGAUUCAAUCAAUUCACCAAAAUUGAAACUGAAGAGCAAGUUCUUGCACUCCUUGGUGAUACCUACGAUAAGGAAUUCCCAAUCUACAGACAACCAACCAAAACAGAUGAUGCCUCAACAGUAGCCACAGUUUUGUUCAAUCUCAUCACUAGAAAAGUUACUGUCUAUAACAAGAAUCCAAAGACCAGCCAACCAAUCCAUCAUUUCAAUUGGUUAACUCGUCAAUAAACCAAUUUUC